AAUUGGGGGUGGUUAGGGUUUUGUAGUAUCAUGGAAAAAGACAAGGCUUUGGGUGGAAGACUAUUUUUCGGAUGUCCAUGUGUAUUGUUGUCAGAGGAUCGUAUCAGCAGUGGUGUGCACACUAUGUACGACCGUGGAUCAUGCAUUGUGCCUGGCAGUACUGUGGUCCCCGGUGGUAUAGAGGCUAGGGUUUCACGCACCAUCCCUGAUGGUUCAGAUUCCAAAUUUUUCAAUGAUGCAAUGUCUGAUGUUAGUUGUUACUCAGGGGCUGUCCAUGGCGAGGCUCGCAGGUAUGGCCCAUAUGCCAAGUUACAUCCCAUUCUACUUGAAGGAUCAAGGCUUGGAGAUGUUUUGGGUCAUCUAUGGGCGAGGCCAGGCAUUAAAGGGGAUGACAACGAUGCUAAGCUAUUAGGCGGUGUCAUGGAAAGCGUUGGCGCCAUUAAGUGCCUGGGUAACACGGAGGAAGAAGGAGAGGUGUUGGGCGGGGCCCAUAUCACGAGUAGGGUUGACGUCGAACGUCUUGGAACAAGCGGCGCCCAUGACGUAGAUGAGGGCGGCGACAUUUGCAGUGGAGGAAGACUAGGCAACACCUUGGGAGCUAGCAACGUGACUGGUCUGGCCACAUUUGGACGAUGCCUGGGCAUUUCUGGGCGGCGCCUGAGCUGGUCUAGCACGUCUAGACGACGUCAUGGUUUGGCAUGGAAUGGUAUAGGUGACACCAGGAAUGGCGCUGACGCUGGUGCUGGUGCUGAUGUAGACGCUGGGAUAUGA